AUGUUGCAGAUCAUGUCAUGUCUUGAACAGAAAGGAGAGUCAGUCUUUGCGAGGAAAGAGUACGCACGAGCUGUCAUUUUGUUGGCCAGUCAGAAAACAUUGCCAGUGUUGGUUGCUGUGGUUGAGCAGCUUGGAGGUGCCCUGGGGGAGUCCCGAUUUCUGGUCACACCUUGUGUCGCUGCACACAUUAAUCAGAUCAUUAUCAAUUCUAUCCUAGUCAGUUGGUGGCGCCAGUGA